ACCACAGGAGUCUGGCUCCAGAGAGUAUGUGGGGGCCAUGGGGCCCAGGUAGCCCUGGGGACCCCAGGCCAUGGGUGAGCGAGCCCACCAUGGAGCCCAAGCGUGUUCUGGUACCAACCCCAGGAGAUGCCAGGACUUAGGGGACUCCAUCCUGCUGAUUCUGGGCAGCUUCAUCUUGCUCAACGUGGGGAUCAACGUGGUGACACUGCUCUGGAAGCAUCUCAAAAGCUCAUUACGGAUCCUCUUCCAUCACUUCUUUCCCAAAGACAAGCAGCCUAGCAGUACCAGCAGCCACCCUGUGUGCCUGCGCUGCUCCGUAGAUCCCAAGACCCUGUACUCAAGAGUGUCAUCCCGCUUCCAUCAGCGCUCAAGCUUCCUGCUGGGGCACAACCAACACCCCGACUCUUGGACACCGGACACAAAUGACGCCAAGCCUUCUCGGUUAUGGAUGUCAUCUCCCUGCGGCCAUGCCGGGGCUCCUGCCGAGGUUCCAUGGGGACCGUGGAAGGAGGGGAUGCUGGGAGCCACCGAAGCACCCCAGGCUGUGGCUUUGAAGGCCCAGACCUCCUUGCUGUCCAAGCCAGGGUCAUUUCCUCAGUUCCUGAAGACAGGCAGCAAGGUGGAUGCUGCUAUGCCACUCCGCUUGCCUCGUGAGAGCAAGACUAAGGCCCACGCCCCUGCCCAGGCCCAGUCCCACUCUGCAGCCAACACCCCUGCCCACAUGCAGACCCACUCUCUCACCCAUGGCGCUGAGCCAACCAACUCCCAGAACCGGGGCCUGGAGCAUCCUUCAGCCCAAACCCCUGCCGAGGUCCCGCUGCCUCCCUUGACCCCUCCCCCAACCCCUAAUCCAGCCAAGGGCCCCAGGCAGCCCUCAACCUCCACUAUGGUCCAGGACCCAGCCCACCACACCACAGUCCCCAGCCAAGUGCAGGCCCCCAUCUCAGACCAUAGCCCCCAGCAAACCCACUCCCAGGCCCACGGCCCGGAGCACACUUCUCUUCAGUCUUCAGUCAAGAUCCCGGCAAGAGCCUCAGUCCACUGUCAGGGUCGCGAGCCAGCCCACCCCUCAGCCCAGAACUGGAGCCACUCAGAGGCCCAUGGGCCUGAGCACUCAUCAACCCCGGCCCCAGCCUCCACUAUAGCCCAUUCUCCAUCAGUCCAGAUACAUAACCACACUCAGGUCUCUGCCCCAGCCUCCACCUCAGCCAUUGCCUCCAAGUUUGCCCCAGUCACAACUCCUGUCCCUGCCCCUGCGCAGCCAGUGACUGCCCAGGCUGGUGACCCAGUCUCUGCUCCAUCACUGGUCAUGGAUGUGACGACCCCUGCAAUCCCUGCUCCUGUCCCAGCCACCACCCCUGCUCCUCUCUCAAAUCCUCUCCCCUCUGCCCUGCCUGCCUUCACCCAAGGCCUCUCCACUGGCCAUGUGGUCUACGAUGCCCGCAGAAUGAAGCAGAGCAGCUUUCAGAUGUACAAUCCCCAAAACUCUGGGUGUUCUAGAAAAGAUGAGGCUGUCCUCUCCAGGCCCCAAGAUGGGCAGGGCCUGGUGAGUUCUGAGAUCUCUGAACCAGCAUUAAAGCCACAUGAUGGAGAUGGUGCCACACCUUCUUCAGGACCCAUCCUGGGUUACCUGGAAUUGGGGAACAUGGAAUGGAAGGUUCCAGAAGAUACCAGAGACAAAUUCUUCCAGUCUAAGACCUUCUCUUACUGCAGUUUCCAUCCUUGCGAUUCGGAAAGGAGGAAUUCCCAGCUCCCUGUCUACCCCAAGUUCCUGGUCUACUCACAGGAUGCUGGACCCCUCAAACCUUGCUUCCACUCUCCAACAGCCACUCAGAACUCACUGGCUACCCUUCCUCCACCAUGCACGCUUUCCCUGCCGCUUGUUCCUCCCAGAACCUUUGUGGUUGCAACCAACCAUCAGAAGCCCUCUGCCCCAUUACAAACCCACACCAAACCGCCUCAGUCAAUCCCACCUCCCCAGUUCCCUAGCCCUCCCCAGUUCUCCACUGCUGCUUCUCAACCUCUCCUACGACCCCAACAACCUGAACUUCAGGAGAAUCUAGGCCUUAUCCAAGACUCUGGCCACCAAGUGACCUCAAGCCCUUCGAAGGACUCAAGAGUUCCAAAGAAAUCAGGCUUUUUGUCUUCUUCCCAGAAUCUUGGACUCCACAAGCAGAAUCCAGGUCUGGCUCAAGAUCUGGGUCUCCCCAAGUUCCCAGGCCUUUCUCAAGACCCUUAUCUCUGUACUAAUUCAAACCCUUCCCAAGACACUGGGCUUGCCCAAAACCCAGGAAUUAACCAAUAUUCUGGCCCCCGAAACAACCUGGGUCCCACUCAAGAGGCUCAUGCCUUUAGAAACCCAGGUCUUAUCCAAUCGGCUAAGACCCAACCAUUAUCCCAAUCGUCUGAUCUUCCGGGUGCAGCCUUUAUGCCAGACUCUGGAGCCUCUAGAUAUCAUGAACUAAAUCAAGACAUGGUCGUCGGCCAAGGUCAAGAUCUCUCCCAAGCAAUGGACCUCCGGAAGAGCCCAGGCAUGUCUCAAAUCCCUGGAAGCUUUAAGAACCCAGGACAUGUUCAAAAUAAUCCAGAUGUCUACAGGAGCCUAGGCCUUAGCCAAGAUCCCAGACCACAGAAGAGGGGUCCAUAUCAUACCCAAGACCCCGAAGUCAGCAAAUCCUCAAGACACUCCCAGCCAGCUGGUAUCCUCAAAGGUCCAACCCUUGCCCAAACCUCUGGUCUCCAAAAAGGCCUAGGCCUAACACAAGACUCGGGAGAUUAUAAGAAUUCAGGCCUCACCCAAGACUCUGCAGUCCAGAGGGACCAGGGUCCUUCACAAGAUUCAGAACAUGGUAAGAAUCCGGAUCUUACACAAGCAGCUGAAGUUGAAAGAAGACCUAACCUGACCCAAGAUUCUGGAGUUUACAGGAGCCCAGUAUAUAGCCAUGGCCCUAACCUCCACAAGGGAUCAAGAGUUAAACAAGAGCAUGGUUCCCAGAAGACCCCACUCCUCCCCCAAGACUCAGUCAUCUCCCAGAUGCCAAACUUGACCCAGGAAUCUGGCCUCCCCCAGACCAUAAGCUUUCCCCCAGAUCCUGGCCUUCUCGAGACCCGGAGACCUUCUCGGGACCCUGAAUUGGUCCGAGAUGCGGACGCAGCUCAGAUCCCCAAAGCAGCCCUCCCCUCGAGGAAGUCGUUCGUGUCUGAGAAGGCGCCGCAGGAAAAUGCAGAGCAGCACAUAGCCUGGACUUCUGUUCCAAUCAACCAAUCCCCCUCUCCUUCCGAAAGAAGCCAGCUGGCUGCCUCCGACCUACAGACCUUCUCAGAGGUCCCCGUAAUAAUUGAGCUUCAGUCAUCCUCCCGGCGCGUGGGCAGCCAAGAUUGGGGGUACCGCCCCAUGGACUCGGUGCCUUCGGCCUGCCAGAACUACCGCCAGAUGUCUAUGCCCCCCAAAAUCAACUGGAAGGCCCACUGCCCUGGCCCAGGUACCCGGACCGGCCAUGUGGUCUUUGAUGCCCGCCAAAAACAGUUAGCAGUGGGCAGGGACAGGUGUGAAGCGCUAGCUCCCAGACGCCUUUACCAAGAGGUACCCAGCAACACGGGGAGACGAUCAAGGAGUGGGGCUAUCAGAAUGUGA